UCUAGUUUGUCUCCUGAGCCAUAUUUUUUAGCUUUGUGGCCUAGAUGCACUAGCUGAGCUUGCAUGUGAUGCCAGGUGGUAGGCCAAAGCCUCCAGGUAGGGAGAGCCACCACCUGGAGGGGAUUGGAUUGGAGGCAGAGCUGAGCCUGUGCCCUGGGGGCCUCCUUUGUAUUUAAGCAGCUCCUAGCCAGCCUAGGACAAUGCAGUACUGGCUUCAGCCUCUACCUUGGAAACUACAAAUUUCAGGCAAGAAUCAGACACCAGCCAAGGUGCACAGGGCAGGAGAUGCAGCUGACUGACGCUGCAAAAAUAUUUCAAUAGUUUUGGAAUGGCUAACCCUAGACUUCUUUCUCUAGGUUUUUGAUAACUGACUCCUACUGUUUUCGUAACCAUCCUUUGCUUGGAAAUGGCUUCAGCUUCUCCAUCACCUGAUCCCAGUUUGGAUGCGGAAUGGCAGGAGUGGAAGAGGAAAUACGAGAAAACUUACAGCCAGGAUGAAGAAAGACACAGGAGAAUGGUGUGGGAGGAAAAUAAGAAGAAAAUUGAGGAGCACAAUGCAGAAUAUGAGCAGGGCAUGGCCAGCUUCUGCAUGGGCCUGAAUGAAUUUAGUGAUUUGACUAAUGAUGAAUUCUGGGAAGUGAUGACUCGCUCUUCAGACUCAGUAUUAGAAGACCAGGAGAUAAUCAACACACAUCUCUUUAGUGAUAUUCCUGAAUUUGAGGAUUUGACAGAGGAAAACAAUAUGAUACCUGAGAAGGAUCAGCCAGAGUAACAGUUGGGACUUGGAUGGCAACACAAAGAUAGCCAAGGAGUGAAGAAAUUACUGUGCCAUUGCCUGAGGAGCAUUCUGCCCCAAGAUGUGAGCUACAUGGUAUUGACAAGGCUAGACUAUGGGAAAAGAAGAAAUAGCAGGUGUUUCCCUAUUAUUAUGGCCAGCCUAUACUAUGAGGAAUCCAACACUCAAGACCUGUAAGGUCCACACUGUUAUGUGAACUCUGUGUCAUGUUCAUACUAACAAAACUUUACCAAUAUUUUAUUACAUGCUCUGAAGUCUGUUAUGUUAUUGAUUCUCACAAGGAUCUUUAAAUUUUUCUUAAAUAAAAAGAACAUACACUGUAAUG